UAAAAAGAGACACUUCAUUGUUCGAAAGUCCAAAAAAGAAAAAUACUCUUCGACCCUUGUACACGUCAAAUUCGCGCGGCAAAGCGUGCAAAAACUGUACCCCGUCGAAUUAAGAAAUUUCGAUACGCGGACGAUCGAUCUGGAACGCGGAAUUUCCUUCUCAUGUCUCGAUGAAAAGAACGCGGAAAGAAUAGAAAAUGGAGUAGAAGAAUGGACGGUAACGCGUCCCGAUACGUCGGUCGUUGACAUGCGAGGUAAUUGGCCAGUUUCGUGUUAACGGGUCGCGGAGGGUCCCGUGAUGACCCCGAUUCACCGAACCACCGUAUCAAUUCUCUAAACCUAUCACCGCCGCCACCGUGCACCACACACACGCUUUAUUUUCCAACUGGAAAGAGAGAGCAGGCUUCGGUAAAUUGGAGCUUGCUAAUCGUAAGAAGAGGUCAGUAGUGCAGUUUAGCCACGGUAUAAGAGCGGCCCCAACACCGCUUUACCCCACUAAAGUAGUUGGAACGUUGCACGGUGCCACCAUGAACGUAGUGCUGAACGUAGUGCCAUUUUUCUUAGCCGCUCGUGUUUUCCUCGAAACCCCAUGGAUGCACGGGCCCGAGUACACCUUCCACGUCCAAGUGAACUCGACCGCGAUCCCGGAGGAAGGUAGCUACAUAAGCAUCAGGUUGAACGUCGCCUCGAAAUUGGUGUGCCAGCCGAAACGUUUCCACGCGUUGACCUGCCAUUUUCGCGAGUCGAAGGCGGACAGUUACGUGACGGAAAGUUUGGACCCGGAUGCGCCGGCGAUUCCCGUGAGCCAGGUGUCGAGGCAGGAGGCGUACGAGAUCAAUCAGGAUCAGUUCGAGAUCAGGUUCACGGAGCAGGGAUUGGACAGCCUGGUCGUGAACGAGAACGUGCAACCGAGGGAAUUGGACAUGAUCCGGGUGAUCGUUGGACAGUUGAACAUAGGCGCUCUGGUAGGGGAGUACGAUCGAACGUUCGAGCUGAUGGAAAACUUCACACAGGGGGAGUGCGUGACCAUGUUCACCGUCGAGCGUAACACGGUCGCCGGUUUGAGCCGCGCGGGUCGCGAUUAUGUUUUGGAGACGGUGUUCGGGCUGAAGGACGGCCAAUUGGUGGAAAUCAGAAAGAUAAGGAAUCUUCACAUGUGCACGCACAACGUGCCCUAUUUCUUCGGGAGCGCGGAGGGUAUGAAACAGAUGAGCGACGUGGUGUCAACUGUCGUGAGUAUAUUCUUCGAUCGAUUUUUCUUUUUUUUUCUUUUUUUAAAAAGCCGUUACUCGCAGAGCUCGUCGGAAAGUCACAUAGCGAUCACCUCGACCGAGUUCAUAUCCGGGACCACGAACGUGAUAACCACCAGCAAGGUGUCCGAGGGGAUGGUUACGACCCUGUACGAGAACAUAAGCGUGAGAUUGGAAUCGAUAUUGGCGGCGAGCGACGAUCCACCGGAAGUGAAGGAUCCGGAGCUGGCAAGCAUGUUCAUAGGUAGAUGGCUGAUGGAGAACUCGAUGGAGGAGGAUGAUGGAGACUCGUCGUCGUCGUUGGAGGUUUGAUUUGGCGGCCUUGAAUGACAAUAAAAUUCGAGUAUACCACUAUUGUUGUAAAUAGUGUUAUAAGUGUUUGUCGUUCGAUUCUGUAAAUAAUAAAGCGCUCUUUCCUUUGUACAAAUAAA